AGAUGUAUACUCCCAUUCUCUCCCAAUGCCUCACGUGCAUAUAAAUCCUUGUCACUGCAAGAUUCCUUUCUGGGUUCUCUCCUCAGAUUGAGAGCUAAGCACAGAUUGCAAGGUGGCAAGCCACUUGAUUUACUUUUCUCCCUUCCCGCACCUGAUCUUGAACCAUCACCCACUGCCCCUCCCUGUGCAGUCUCCUUCCAUCUUUCCAUUCUCUCUAAUGGCAACAACACGCAUGCUCAACACUGACGACCAACAUCAAGUUGCUGCCCAUCGCUUGUCCUUGGUUCCCAGAACACCACAAGUGCUAUCACUUCUACCGGCUACACAUGUGAAUGCUAGGCGUCACCAGAGCCAGGGCCCCAAGCAUACAGGGUCCAAGAGUCUCCUGCCUACAAACACCCCUCUACCCUCACAAGCCCAGCCGAGCAAUGCAGUCGAAUAUGUUUUAACUACGUUCGAUCAAGUUGCCAACUGGGCACGACAAGGCUCCGUAUGGCCACUCACCUUUGCCCUAGCAUGCUGCGGCAUCGAGAUGAUGCACUGCUCCAUGCCACGCUACGACCAGGACCGCUUGGGCAUCAUCUUCCGCGCCUCCCCUCGCCAAGCCGACAUCAUGAUCGUCGCCGGUACUGUCACCAACAAGAUGGCUUCUGCUGUCCGGCUUUGCUACGACCAGAUGCCAGACCCCAAGUGGGUCAUAAGCAUGGGCAGCUGUGCUAAUGGUGGGGGUUACUAUCACUACAGCUACAGUGUCCUUCGCGGUGUCGACCGUAUUCUGCCUGUUGAUAUCUAUGUCCCUGGCUGCCCGCCCACCGCCGAAGCUCUUCUUUAUGGCAUUUUUCAGUUGCAGAAAAAGAUGAGGCAGCAAAAGGUUACGAGGAUGUGGUAUCGCAAGUGACACUGUGGCACUGUCACCACGCUGGUC